AUGAAAAGAUACCCGCUAAUCGCGCUGUUUAUCCUGCAUCUUGUAUACACAAUGUGCAGAGCUCAGGGUGUGUCCCACAUUCGCGUGACGACGCCUUUGCAAAGUUACGCACAUGGAGUUGAUCAUCCAACGCCCCAAAUCCAAAGAAGAAGCUUCCAUCAAGGAUCUUCGCGGCCUCCAACAAGAAAUCUUCGAGCACCUCAAGCGACGCAGGGGCAAUUUGGUUAUCCAAGACAUAAACCCAGAAUUCCGUUUUAUGCAGACGAAGCCACCCGUAAUACAUCCCCAUGGAAACAAACAAUAUUUAGCGCAGAGAAAAUUCCCCUGUUACCACAAUCGCCAUACAAAGUAGAUUCCGCUGAUCCUGAAUCUCUAUGGCCCAUAGGACUAUUCAUACCACCUGCACGGCUCGAAAUACACCGACGCUCUAACCAACAUGAAUUUUCCAAUCCCGGAUCUAACAAAGACAUAGUCGGGAAUUUCUUGGACCCCUACCUCCUGGAAGGCUCCAAUGCAGUAGCAGCAGUCAUAAAAGCGAAACGACACGGCGAAUUAUAUUUUCACGAUAUUCCUCAUAUACAAUCUUUAUUGGAUAAUCAAGAACUGAGAAUAGAGAAUCAUUUGAAACCACAUCGUCUUGGCAGUAUAAGACAUUCUUGGCCUUUCUACCGAUUCUAG